AUGGAAGUAUCAGUUUCUGAGUUUUGUGAAUGUGCCUCUGCCUGCAGGCGGCUGGUGGAUCCAGAGGAUGAGCUGAGUGACAUCCAGUCAGACUCUGUACCAUCAGAGGUUCGUGACUGGCUGGCUUCCACUUUUACCAGGCAGAGGGGUCUGAUGCUGCAACGUAACGAAGAAAAGCCACGCUUCCGCAGCAUUGUCCAUGCAGUGCAGGCUGGCAUCUUUGUGGAGAGGAUGUACAGACGAACCUCUAACAUGGUUGGUCUCAGUUAUCCCCCAAAUGUCAUCACUGAGCUCAAGGAUGUGGACACAUGGUCCUUUAAUGUGUUUGCACUGAAUGAUGCUAGUGGAGACCAUGCACUGAAAUUUGUCUUCUAUGAAUUGCUCACCAGAUAUGACUUGAUCAGUCGUUUCAAGGUCCCUAUUUCUGCUCUCAUAUCAUUUGUGGAGUCUUUGGAAGUUGGCUAUAGCAAACACAAGAACCCAUACCACAACCUGAUGCACGCUGCUGAUGUUACACAGACUAUCCAUUACCUGCUUAUUAAGACUGGCAUGGUGCACUGGCUAACUGAGUUGGAGAUCUUUGCCAUCAUUUUUGCUGCUGCAAUCCAUGACUAUGAACAUACAGGGACCACCAAUAACUUCCAUAUUCAGACCAGGUCAGAUACAGCAAUGUUGUACAAUGACAGAGCUGUUCUGGAGAACCACCAUGUCAGUGCUGCCUAUCGUCUUCUACAGGAUGGGGAAGAAAUGGACAUCCUCUGUAAUCUUUCCAGAGAUGACUGGAGAGAACUUCGGACUCUGGUAGUGGAGAUGGUGUUGGCCACAGAUAUGUCCUGCCACUUCCAGCAGAUCAAAGCCAUGAAAAGCCUCCUUCAGCAGCCUGAAGUAAUUGACAAACCUAAGGCCUUGUCCUUGUUGCUGCACACUGCUGACAUCAGCCACCCUGCCAAAUGCUGGAACCUCCACCACCGCUGGACUACAUCCCUACUGGAGGAGUUCUUCAGACAGGUUAGUCAUCCUGCUUUUCUAGCUUGAAGUCUGUCAAUAUAGGAAUAUUAAGUUGUUAUACAGGUUAACAAGUUUGUAUGAAUGUUACACAGGCUUACUAUAAUCACAACAGCUCACUUUGACAGUUGCAUAGGAAAAAUUAGCCUGAUUUGCAGUCACUGCUGACUCAUGGCACCCCCUGAGGCAGAUGUGUGCAUGCUCCACUCUAGAAUGCUGGUUUUUCUUUCUUUUUUUGUGUGUUUUUUGCUCUUUCUGUGGUGCACAAAUGCCAUGCUCUGCUAACAUACAACAGACAGGCACUACUGGACAACGCCAACUCUUACAGUAAUUUUGAAUUCAGUGAAUUUAUACCACCGGAGCUACAACUCAUUGUAUGCUCCUGCAGUCACCACCCCCAGAAAGGCCCCGAAGCAAAACUCAAGUGAGCAAGCUGACCCCAGAAGAGUGCUAUGGAGACAGCGACGCAAGCGAAGAGGACUACAUGCCAGGUUGAAAGCUCGCUAGCUAGCCGACCACCGCUACCCAGCCCUCUGCUAGCCAACGUGCAGUCUCUGGAAAACAGGCUGGACUCGUGGUGUGGAGAUGCACAGACUGUCUACAUGCACUGUUCGCCAGAUGUUUUGUUUAACUGCUGAAAUGCCGUCCAGGCACCUGCACCUGCACCCGCCAGGGUGGAUGUGGCAAGGCUUGCAGCACAUCACAGACUACAAGACAAUCACCAGCACCAUCAGAAAUACAGACAGCCUGACGGAUGACCUCAAUACAUUCUACACCCACUUUGAGACCACCAGCGCCAGGAAAGAGAGAGGUACACACACAGAGAGGCCACUGGAAAAAUCUAUGUAGCGCAUAAAAUAAAAUCCAACCCGAACUGUAAGUAAAAUAAACAUAUAACAAUUUAUUCUGUAUCAUUUUGCAAUGCAACUCAGUGGGUUGCAACAAGCAGUAACUACAGAUAAAACAACUAACGCUAUCCAGGCAAUGAUAUGAUGCAUUUCUCAUUGACAAUAUUCUACUCACCAUCACAAUGAAUGCAUCCAUCCUGUCAGUUCAACAAAUCAAUGAUCACAUGGCAAAGUAUGUGAGUAUGCCAGAAAGCUGGCGAAGCAAAAAUUAUGCCUUUGAAUUUGUGAACUCAAUCAAUGAGAUGAGAAUGAGACAAUGUGCAAUGUUAAAAAUGCACCCUGGCAUACUCUG